AUGGAUAAGUCUUUGGCGACUCUACUCCGUGCUCUCCAAAGUGGAUCUGAUGAGCAGGAUGUCUCUAGGCUCCUUGGCUCCGCCACAACGCUGCUUACCCUCUUGUCCAACCCACUAAACGUCACCCUCAUCACCUCUCAACUUCUCUCAGCGCCCGCGAUAUGGCAGCGCCCAGAUGGUCUCCGAACUACCAUACGCAUCCUCGGCAUCUUUAACUCCGCCGCGAUACACUUCGUUCAGUCGGAGGACUCGCCAGAGACCAAUCGCCAGUUCCCUACUCAACGAGGACUGGGGCGGGAGGACUGGGUGAUUGCUGUCGUGAAAGGGGCUGACGCUAGGUCGCCGCGAUGGAGACAUUUGUGUGUCCUGGCUGGGCUGCUGAUUGGCUUUGAAGGCCGAGGGAAACAGAGCAUAUCGCAAUCGCUGCGGAGCAAUUUGGAAAGUGCUACGGUCAAAGCGGUCAAUCUGGCUCUACAAGAAGAGGCGUCUAGCGGCGAGUUGGUGGGGGAUAGCGUUGGCAUGAUGCUCAGUCAUGUCUUUGAUCUGCUGAGUGACAGCGAGAAGAUGAACAUUAACAACGACCUGCUGCUUCCGACCUUGACCGAUGCGGCCUUCUACUCCGAAGAGGGACUCCAAAACGGCGACUUCCUCAGCACGAUCGAUUCGGAUGUAGUACAGAGAGAAGGGAUGAAGUUUGAUUGGUCGCCAAAGUCCUCCACCUACAUGCAAUGUCAACGCAUGACCACUGGUCCAUUGAUCGCUUCGCUAGGCUCCUUAUCACGGCUUACCGCAUUCUGUGUAGAGAAUGUUUCAGAUGCCUACCUGCUUUCAGGCAUGAUCGAUGAAUUGAGGGCUUUCACACGCUCGUUGUGUGAACAAUGGCGGCAGAAUAAGCUCUCAGAAAUAGACAUUACGGAAGAGUCAAUGUAUUUGAGCGAGGAGUCACUCAGGGCCACUACACCUUUGCUAUGGCGCGUCUUAAAGUCGACCAUGUUUGCAGUUGUCAUUAUCUUGAGGUCUCUUCUUGGUCGUGUACUCAGUGAUAAUCAUAUGCGCGCUGACGGUGGUCCGUUCAUGGCGAUUCAAACGCUCCACAUACUAGGGGAUCUAUAUUUCGUCUCUUCGCGACUUGGAGCAAACGCCUUUUCGCAAUACACGUUUGUGUUUCUUACUGCUAUCGACAUCCUGUCUCAAUUCCCAGUGCAAGCCGAAGCCUUUCUUCGGGCAAUUCGACCACCGUCAGCAGGCAGCAUACCACAGCACCCUCUGGAUCGCUGUCUCGACCUUUACUUCUUGAACACGGCUGAACACUUUACUACAGUGCUUAGUCCUGAGCUCAAUGAAGAGCUUCUGAUUGGUGCAGCUACUCCCUACUUAGGCUUAGGUAGCGACCAGCGGCUAUUCGAAAUAUUUGAGUCAGCUCACAGCGUCAUGCUUGCCGUUCUAUCGGCUUCCCAGAAUUCAGACCUUCUUGCUAAGCACAUACAUCCAUACGUUGAUGUCCUCUUUAGAGUGUUCCCACACAAUUUGUCCGCACGGCAAUUCCGGAUUGCGGUCAAGACCUUGAUACGAAUAUCAUCGCCACCAUCACUCAUAUCCGAAAGGCAACCGCUCCUACCAUCCACGAUCCUUGAGUUGGUUCGAUUUCGGCUGGAAAUAGCUUCACCAGCUCUGAUGCAGCGGAAUGCAGGCCCUCCUGCUCCUAGUUUCCCUGAGGAAAAAUUGCCAUUUAUUGGGCAGCCUUCAUUUUCAGAGCAAUCAGUGCUCGCACUCACUCUCAUUGAUGCGUUGCCUUUCUUGCCCAUCGAUCAGCUGGAGGACUGGCUGCCAAUCGUUGCGGAAUCUGUUAACAUGAUCAAAGAUGCAGACCAAUUGCGAACGUGCAGACAGAGAUUCUGGAAUGUCCUCAGCAACGGAGAGAUGGAUGUAGGUCGUGCUGCGUUGUGCGUUGCAUGGUGGGGUACAAGAGGUGGUAGAGAUAUGGUCCUGUUUGGUAGGGAUAAUCAAGCUGAAGGACCCUUAAUGAGCGGUGCACUUGAGGAAGCUAGCAAGCUUUGA